UUCUGGUUUCUUUUAUAUAUAUAAAAUUGAAAAAAAAAAUUAAUUCAUCUUGAUAAUCAGAAUUUUGGGAAAUAAAAAAUAAGCAAGAAAAAUAACAAUAUGUAUUUUGAUGCUUCAAUAUAAUUGAAGAUAUUUUUAGAUGACGAGGAGUUGUUUUGUAUUUUUCCUGAAACUAAUUGCCAGAAUUGGGCAUUGACCUGGUCAAAGUUGAUUGCAACAAUUAUUUUAAUUUCAUUUAUUUUAUGCUGGAUAUUUGCCAUUAUUAAUUUGGCAUAAGAUCCAGUCACUGUACAUUUGCAGCUGGAUUGACACCCAAUCCAGGUCAGGUUCAAUAGAAUCCUUUCAUUUUCUUCUUCUUCAUGUGUGACAGUAAUAUAAAUCCCUGUACAGUAUACACUAGAGGCCAGGCCUUUUGUUCAUUUAGAGUCUUUUAGUUCAACAAGCAAUUAUCAAGUAAUGGAAAAACCAAGAGUUGGGCAUUGCGAGAUUGCGAAAGAUGUGACGGAAUUAAUUGGCAAGACUCCUCUGGUGUAUCUGAAUAAUAUUGUGGAUGGCUGUGUUGCCCGUAUCGCUGCUAAACUAGAGAUGAUGGAACCUUGCUCCAGUGUCAAAGACAGGAUUGGUUACAGUAUGAUUGCGGACGCAGAGGCCAAAGGUCUUAUCAUACCAGGGAAGAGUGUGCUCAUUGAACCAACCAGUGGAAAUACUGGGAUAGGGUUGGCAUUCAUGGCAGCAGCAAAGCACUAUAAGCUUAUCAUUACAAUGCCUGCUUCAAUGAGUAUUGAAAGAAGAAUUAUUCUUCGAGCUUUUGGAGCUGAGCUGGUUCUCACUGAUCCUGCUAAAGGGAUGAAGGGAGCUGUUCAGAAGGCAGAGGAGAUUUUGGCCAAGACACCGAAUGCUUACAUGCUGCAGCAGUUUGAAAAUCCAGCCAACCCAAAGAUCCAUUAUGAGACUACUGGGCCAGAGAUAUGGAGAGGCUCAGGAGGGAAAGUUGAUGCCGUUGUUUCUGGAAUUGGUACUGGUGGCACAAUAACAGGUGCAGGGACAUUUCUUAAAGAGCAGAACCCCAAGAUAAAGCUAUACGGUGUGGAGCCAGUUGAAAGUCCUAUUCUAUCCGGUGGAAAACCUGGUCCGCAUAAGAUCCAAGGAAUAGGUGCUGGCUUUGUCCCAGGUGUUUUGCAAGUCAAUGUUGUUGAUGAAGUUAUUCAAAUAUCAAGUAAUGAGGCAAUUGAGACAGCAAAGCUUCUUGCCCUGAAAGAAGGUUUACUUGUGGGAAUAUCAUCUGGUGCUGCUGCUGCCGCUGCAAUUAAGAUUGCAAAGAGACCCGAGAACGCUGGAAAACUUAUUGUUGUAAUUUUUCCAAGCUUUGGAGAGAGAUAUCUGUCUUCUGUGCUAUUUGAAUCCGAGAGGAAGGAGGCAGAAAACAUGGUGGUGGAGCCCUGAUUUCCUAGAUCAGUUUAGCAUUUUGGUCUCCUAUUGCUUCUUCUUGGCAUAAUUACAUGAAUUGUAGUUAUCUUAAGUGCCUUGUGCUGCUAACUACUCAUUAUACAGCCUAAUUUUUUAUA